CAUGCGCCCCACGUUCUUGUUCGUGCAACGUUACAGUGAUGGAUGAACCGAAGAAUCUGAAUGACCCUCCGAAUGCCGUGAAACCCCUUAAGCAUAAGAAACGCAGAAAGAAGACGCCUCAGGAACAGGAAAAAGUUCCAGAGCCCACCGGCGAGCCAACAGCAGCAGCAACUGUGAGCAUCAAGAGUCCCCGCAGUACCACCGCGAAAGAAGCUAGCCUCAACGCCCGUGAUGGCGAUGACGUCCCUUCGCCUCACCUUCCCAUACCCUCCCCUUCGCAAGAGGAGGGUAAACCUACACCGCAACAACAGGAACCAUCUCCUCACCAUACCGCAGUAGCAGAAUCUUCGGCAGCACCCAAUAUGCCAUCCGAGAAGCCGGCUAAGUCGUCCCUACGGGGCAGCGUCGGGAAUGCCAGAACCGCCAUCCAUGCAAAGAAGGGAGCGGAUGUUAGAGUAAACGUGGCAGAGCAACCAUUGCUCGACGUCUUACGCUCUGAGAGAAUGACCGAAGGCACCUCGAGGAUCAUCCGGGAUCCUUCCGGACCUCAAGAAAGGAGAAAGUCCAGCGUCCGUUUCGGUGAAACAACCUAUCGUGAGAUCGAGGUCACAGCCGAGGAAAAGCUUCCCCACGUGCCCAGCAGGUUCGCAGUUUUCUUUUCCGUCCUCCUAAUUACCUGCAUAGGCCUACUUCUCUACAUCCUCUACGUUCUGCCGCCACCUACCAAGAGGAAAAUGGCCGUCAGCAGCGUCACUGGGGCCUAUCACGAUGCUGCGGCCUACCUCGAUAACAUCACCGACAACCGCAUCGACCCCUGCCUAGACUUCUUCGGCCAUGUCUGCAGUUCCUGGACCAGCGAAGAGCGCGACAUCAACGACGGGUUCCUACAGGACGCGCGCUCGGCACUGCUGAAGAAAAUGAACCAGACUCUUAUCGAAACUAACACCGUUUCACCGGAUCGGUAUGGUACGCACGUAUUCUAUGGGUUUUACAAAUCCUGCUACGACUUUAUGAUGUCUCCUUCGAAACUGUCAGAGCCGCCUUACACGACUUUUGCGCGGCACUUCGGGAAGCUAGAAGACUUCUUGAGCACUCCUUAUUCUUCAGUACUAUCAGCUUUAAUCCGCGUGUCCCUCGAACGAGGCGUUGACUCCGUGUUUGGAGUUCGACUGGUCACACAUGGAGCGCAUUCCAAUUUGUUAAUAACACGAACGCGUUCGAUCCAGGAAAAGUUGAGUGGCCACAAAAGCGACCGCAACGUGGACAACUAUGUCAUGUCGGUCUUGCACGAUGCGUCAGCCGAUAAAUUUUCUGCCACGGAGUAUCGGCAGAAGGCGAUGUCCCUGGACGACGAAGUUCGAGUGCUCUUCGAAAGUGACGAAGCAGUGAUAGAGAUUGAUUUCGCGGACGUGAAAGAACUGACGAAUGAAAUCACGGAGGAGACGUGGAUGAAGACAGUGAACGAUGUUCUUCCUGCACGACAUAAAGUAGCACCGCAGGCCAAGAUAAUCACGCGAGGGUUCAACGCUACACGCGGAGUUUUUAAGCUCCUAGAAGAUAUGAGCAUGAAGCCUGAUAGCAAGCUGAAAACUAUUUACCUCUACCUUCAGUUGCUUGCUGAGGUUCUUUACCUCGACUACCGUCGCCGCUUCUCGAGGUUGGACACCAUCCACACCUGUAUGGAGGCCAGUCAAAAAGUGCUGGUUCACAGCUGGCCCUACCUAUUCUCCACAAUGUCGACAGCGCAUAACAGCAGUGCGACCAUCAACAACAUCUACGAGGACGUGUCUGAUGUAGUGGCCAGUCCUCGCUACUUGAGCUGGAUGAACAGGACAACACAACUAACUGCCUUGAGUAAAGUGAAGAACGUCACGUUAACUCCCUUGCCUACUGCACCCAGCAUCGACGUUGACUCUAACUACACCACAGUGUUAUUAGGAGAGUUCUUCGUAAAUGGCUACAUCACUCUGUUAGCUGAAGAGCAUACGAUGCUGCUCAAAUUUCCUCCAGACGCUGAACACAUCCUCUUAGACAAUCUCCUACUGGAUGGCCCGCUGUCAUAUUACGAGCCGCUAUCGUCUGUCAUCGUCCCUACGGUCUACAGAGUACCUCCCGUACUCUACUCUCGCGUAGGGGUCCCGGAGUACUUCGACGCCUCGACCGUCGGAAUCUUGAUGGCCGUAGAACUGUCGAGAGUCAUCGGCCCUUCCGCAGGAGCGUCUUGGUGGUCGUCGGACACGAAGGAGAACUUCGACCAAUCUUUCCAAUGCCUGAUGAACAUGUACGAAAGAAUGGCUCCAGAAAGUAGUACCGAUAAAAUGCGGGUGGCUGAAGCAAUCUUUGCCUGGACCAGGGCUGUGAGAGUGGUGUACGAUAUGCUCCGCACUCGCAGAAGAGGGUCAAAGUCUUCUCCGCUGAUGACAACGGAAGCUCACCGUGUCUUCUUCAAGCGUUUCUGCCUUCUGAGUUGCCGAUCGGACGCUAACCCCCGACCUCUAACACCUCGCCAACAAUGCACGCUGCCUCUGCUCAACAUGCCAGAGUUUUCCGAAGUAUUUCAAUGCGCUCAAGGCCUGGGCGCAAGUGCCCAUGUGUGCAAGAUUCUAUGAUACCCCCACUUCUUUGUUUGAUUCAUGAGGCUGCAGCGUAUGUUAGUGCUAACGUAAAGGUAGCGGUAUCGUAAUUCUACGUAGUGCUAUCAUAAUUCAACGGGGUCAAUUAUUUGAUAAUUCUGAAAAUUGUAUUGCAGACCUUGCUCGCUGAAAAGCAAUAGCAGCCCGCCUAGAGGCAAACGGACUACUGC